AUGCCUACGCCUGCCACUAACGGCACCACAAAAAAGCGAAAGAGGCAGCACGAUGAAUCUUUAGAAGUGGAAGCGCUGCCAAUGGAAACCACUCUGGACAUUGCGUCGGAUGGCGAGGGACCAGAGGAAAGCGACGAAGAAGAGCUAGAGGACUUUCCAGAACUCGAUACGGAAAGUUCAGGUGGCACUGAAGGAUCCGAAGAUGACAGUAUCUCGACGGAGCAGCAAGACGAGGCAAAAUCGCAGCCUCGACCAGGGGAUUUGGUCGUCUCGUCCAUUACUGGCAGGCCAAAACGAGUGUUUCCAGAGAUUGAGCCAGAGUAUGACUCAGACUCGUCCACAGAAGACGCACCCAAUCGAACAGGAAACAUCCCAUCACAUUGGUACGAUGACCUACCUCAUGUAGGAUACGAUAUAAAUGGAAACAAGGUCCUACGGCCUGCCAAAGGGGAUGAACUUGACAAGUUUUUGGAGACGGUGGAAAACCCGGAAAGUUGGACCUCUGCUUUUGAUCGCAAUCUGCAGAUGGAUAAGCCGCUGUCGACCGAGGAGCUUGACAUCAUUCGUCGAUUGUAUGCUGGAGAGAACCCAGAUGCGGGCUAUGAUCCAUACGAGCCCACCGUAGAGUGGUUCACUGGCAAAGGCAAAGAAGAGAUUAUGCCUCUCAGCGCGGCACCGGAACCAAAGCGACGGUUCAUACCGAGUAAAUGGGAGAAGCAGAAAAUUAUGAAAAUUGUCCGUGCUAUACGUCAAGGUAGGAUUGUGGGUAGCAAACCCAAAACAGUGGACAGCGGCCCGCAAUUCUACUCCAUCUGGGAUACACCCGGCCCAGAUCAUCCACCACCGGCUCCGGCACCGAAACCGCGUUUGCCUACCAACGCAGAGUCGUAUAACCCACCAGAGGAAUACUUGCCAACACCCCAAGAAAGGAAGGACUGGGAAGAACAAGACAAGGAGGACAGAGAGCGAGAUUUCCUUCCUGAAAAGUACUCUGCGCUCCGACUGGUCCCUGCCUACCCUCGGUUUAUCAACGAGCGCUUUGAUCGACUGCUCGACCUGUAUCUGGCACCACGUAUCCAACGCAAGCGACUCAAUAUUGACCCAGACUCGCUGAUCCCGACUCUGCCGUCGCCGCAAUCUCUCCGCCCAUUCCCCACAUAUCUCACCCUGCACCAACAGCAUCACUCGAGUUCUCGCGCUCGGUGUCUUUCGAUAUCCUCGGACGAUGAAUGGGCGAUUUCCGGCGAUGAAAACGGGGUUGUAAGCUUAUGGGAGACAUUCACCGGCCAUGAAGCGGCGCGAUGGAGGUUUGGUCAGAAAAUUGGGAGCCUUGCGUGGUGCCCUCGGAAGGACGUGUCAUAUUUCGCCGUAGGACUAGAAGAAGAAAUUGUGUUUGUUUUUCCACCUUACGUCAAGGGUACCGUCGCAUCGGCGACCAAGGCGUUGUUUGAUGCCGAUUCCGGUGUGACAAGCGGCAUCUCAGUCUCUUCAGGAGCCAGUCCUGUUUCGUGGUCAAUACGAAGAGGAGGGCCCAACUCGCAGGGCCAAGACGCAUCCUCCCCUUCGGCGGAUAUCCUCCAAAGCGUCGCUCUCCCGCGUGGAUCCGGCAGAGUGACCCAAAUCACGUUCCAUCGCAAAGGCGACUAUCUCUCCUCAGUAUCCGUGGCUGGCGCAGGGACCGGCCAGAGCUCAGUAUGGAUUCAUCAAGUGAGCAAACGGCACUCGCAGGCCCCUUUCAAGUCUAUCAAGGGUUCUAUCCAACAAACGCAGUUUCACCCGCUCAAGCCCCACUUUUUCGUUGCCACACAGCGCUAUGUGCGACUGUAUGACCUGGCAGGGCAGACACUACUCAAAACGUUUUUAACGGGGAUCAAAUGGAUCUCGAGCUUUGACGUGCACCCGUCCGGGGAUCAUUUUGUAGUGGGCGGGUACGACCGCAAAUUGUGCUGGUUUGACCUCGAGUUGAGCGACAAGCCGUACAAGGUGCUCCGAUACCACGCUCGCGCGAUCAGGGCCGUGCGCUUCCACCCGACGUUCCCGCUGUUCGCAUCGUGCUCGGAUGAUGGCUCAAUCCAGGUAUUCCAUGCGAGAGUAUACAACGACCUCAUGUCCGACCCGCUCAUCGUGCCGCUCAAGAUCCUCCGGGCCGCGCCGAGCAUGCGUGUCCAUGUUGUCACGGACGGUCUGGGCGUACUUGACAUUCACUGGCUCCAUUCGCGUCCUUGGCUUGCGAGUGCCGGUGCGGAUGGAGUCGUAGCGACAUGGUGUCCAUAA